AGUGUUUCGAGCUAAUGGUUAAUCAUUGCAAUUCAAGCUCAUUCAAAGGGCAUACCACAUCGUAUCAUAUCGUUACAUAUGAGGCUGGAAAUGGUUUAAUUCGAAAUCGAAGCAAAAUGCCGCCAAAACACCAUAGAAAACAAAGCCACAGCCCGCAUCGAAGAAAGCAUAGUCCUCGUGGAAGACACGGACAUAGUCCCCAUAGAAGACACGGGCAUCGUAGGCACAGCCAUAGCUCUAGUGGGUCUGACUAUGAUUCGGAUUAUCAUGAACAUAAAUGCAAACAUUCGGGAUGCACCAAAUAUAGGGGAUGUGUAGGACAUAAACAACCACGCUGGUGUAGACAUGGCGGCGAUGGAUCACGUGGUCAUCAUAAUUGUGGGUGUAAUCAGUCUGGGUCCUGUGGUCAUAGAGGUCACGGUUACGGUAGUCACGGUGGUGGAGGUCAUGGUUGCGGUAGUCACGGUGAUGGAGGUCAUGGUUGCGGAAGUGACGGUGGUGGAGGUCAUGGUUGCGGUAACCACGGUAGUGGAGGUCAUUGUUGCAGUGGUGGUUACGUCGGCGGUGGUCACGACAAUUGGGGUCACGGUGGUGGAGGUCGUGGUGGCGGAGGUCGCGGCGGGGGAGGUCAUGGUGGUGAUGGUUGUGGUGGCGGAGGUCAUGGUGGUGGAGGUCAUGGUGGUGGUGGUUAUGGCGGUGGAGGUCAUGGUGGUGGAGGUCGCGGGGGUGGAGGUUAUGGCGGUGAUGGUUAUGGCGGUGGAGGUCACGGUAGUGGAGGUCACGGCGGUGGAGGUCACGGUGGUGAUGGUUAUGGCGGUGAAGGUCACGGUGGUGGAGGUCAUGGUGGUAAGGGUAACGGGGGUGACGGCCACGGUGGCAACGGUUACAGUGGUGGAGGCCACGACAGAGGAGGCUACAAAGGACCGCCUCGACCCCCUGUGCAUGUGUGACCACCAAGUGGAGAAAAUGAAAACUAUGUGAUUUUAAUGUGCUAUUAGUAAGAUGGCAGUAGAGAAUGGA